AUGAACGUGUAUGACGAGGUGAUUAAUGCUACGGUAGUGAAUAACUGUGUUACUGGUCGCUUUACUACUUUGAAGCGUCGUGAAUUGAUUAUCACACGGACUAAUAUCCUUUCAGUUUAUCAUCAUAAUAGACAUGGUAAAUUAAUUUUAGACUAUGAAUGGAAGCUAGCAGGGCGUAUCGAAUCCAUUGAGUUAAUUUCUCAAAACUACUCAGAUCUGCAAUGCCUGGUUUUACUUACUGGGAGCGGUAAAUUAUCUAUAGUUAGGUUUGAUGCGUUAACUCAAAGCUUAGAUACGCUGAGCCUCCACUACUACGAGGAUAAGUUUAGGGAGCUUAGUUUAAUUGAGGUUAGUAAAAAACCUAAGCUGGUGGUUGAUCCACUCUUUCAGUGCCUUUUGGUGUGUAACAAUGACUGUGUUGCUAUGUUGUCGUUAAAUGUGGGUGAUGAGGAGGAAGAAAUCGGCGAUACUAAAGGAAAUAGCAGUAAAAAGCAAAAGUUGAAUGGCGGGGAGGCUAAGCCACUUGCUAAAUCUAGCACAGUUAUGCCAGCGUCGCAUCUGCACUCGGAGAUAAAAAAUAUUAUUGAUGUGCAGUUCUUGUGUGGGUUUAACAAGCCCACCUUGGCGAUCUUAUACCAGCCGACACUCGCAUGGUGCGGGAACGAAAAGCUGACAGGGCAGACAAUGAAGUAUAUUAUGCUGUCGCUGGAUCUUGAGGAUGAAAAAUCGACGGUUAUUGCGCUGCUGCAGAACUUGCCUAAUGACCUGCAUACCAUUAUCCCUCUGUCGAACGCUUCGAUCCUGAUCGGUUUGAACGAGAUGGUUUAUGUUGAUAACACAGGUGCACUACAGGGUGCUGUGGCGGUUAAUUCCUUUGCCAGCAACACGUUGAGCACAAAGUUGCGUGAUAGCUCGAACUUAGAGGCAUUUUUCCACCGUCCGCUAUGCUAUUAUAAUACCACGUCUAAAGGACGGGAUAUACUGCUGCUUAUGGAUGAAAAUUGCGGGAUGUACAAUGUCAUUAUGGAGUCAGAAGGUCGUUUGUUGACUGGUUUCAGUUGUGUGAAAAUUCCGAUAGUCAACGAUAUAUUCAAGAAGAACAAUCUCCCUACCUGUAUGUGCGGAGACGUUAAUUUAGAGUCGGGUCAACUAUUUAUGGGUUUUCAAUCAGGAGAUGCAAUGAGCGUCAAGCUGAACAAUCUGCGGUCUUCACUGGAAAAUAAAAAGCUUACAGAAACUAUUGAGGCCGAUGAUGAAUAUAAAGAUCUUUAUGGUGGCACAGAAAUUGAAAAAAAGAGCACAGAAAUGGAGUCUCCAUUUGAUAUAGAAGCUCUGGACAAGCUGCCGAAUAUUGGAGCCGUUACUUCUUUGACGAUAGGAAAGGCAGCAUCAAUAGAAUCGACUGUGGCCAAGUUAACGAACCCGAACAAAGAUGAAUUAUCCAUAGUUGCUACUUCUGGUACUGGCUCCGGCUCUCAUUUAACAAUUCUAGAAAACACAAUUGUUCCUCACGUACAGCAGGCACUUAAGUUCAUAUCUGUAACCCAGCUGUGGAAUUUGAAGAUCAAGGAUAAGGACAAGUAUCUUGUCACUACUGAUUCUUCACAAGCUAAGAGCGAUAUCUACUCCAUUGACAAAAACUUUAGGCCAUUCAAAUCAUUUGACUUUAAAAAAAAUGACACAACAGUAAGCACAGCAGUGACUGGGGGUGGUAAGAAAAUUGUACAAGUUACAUCGAAAGGUGUUUACUUGUUUGAUACUAACUUCAAACGUCUUAUGACUAUGAACUUUGAUUUUGAAGUUGUGCAUGUUUGCAUCAAGGAUCCUUUUCUUUUAUUGACGAACUCUAAAGGUGAUAUUAAAAUUUACGAGCUUGAACCAAAUCAUAAAAAGAAGUUCGUCAAAAUGCCUUUACCGGGUGCAUUGAAAGAAAUAAUUAUCACGUUUGGUGUAAUCCUUGAAAGUAACAUGUGCAACAAGUACUUGCAUGGGCUUGAAAAUUCUAUGGAAAACCAAGUCUUAUUCACUUUUGUUACGGCUGAUAACCAAAUAGUGUUUUUUACUAAGGAUCAUAAUGAUAGGAUAUUUCAACUUAAUGGUGUUGAUCAAUUUAAUGAAAGGCUAUUCAUUAGCACCUACCAAAUGCCAGAUGAAAUAACCCCGGACCCUUCCAUAAAGCAAGUAAUGCUGAAUAAAUUGGGACAUUAUAAUAAAGAAGAAUACCUGACUAUUUUGACGUUCGGUGGUGAAAUAUAUCAAUACAAGAAGUGCGCUGGCACUCCAGACAAAUUUGUGAAAUGCGAAAAUGAACUUCUAAUCACUGGUGCUCCUGACAAUGCAUAUGCAAAGGGUGUGCAAGGAGUGGAACGAGUGGCACAUUACAUUGAAGACUAUAAUGGCUACUCUGUUAUCUUUAUAACGGGUACAGUUCCUUAUAUUAUUAUUAAAGAAGACACUUCAGUACCGCGAAUUUUCCCGUUCGGUAAUGUCACGUUAGUUUCAAUGACUAGUUGGGGGAAGAGCAGUGUAAUGUGUGUGGAUGAUGUUAAAAAUGCUCGUAUUAUGACUCUUAAUUUAGAAAAAGACCGAUAUUAUGGUAACAAGAUGCCUCUAGCAAAGAUUUAUCUAGAAGACGUCCUUGAAGAAUUUGGAACAUUCAAUAAAGUCACUUUCCAUGAGAGAACACAAACUUUUGUUGUUUCCUACACCAAGACAAUAGACUAUGAGGCUCUAAGUGAAGAAGACGAAAACAUUGUAGGAUAUGACCCCAAUAAACCUCACGCUAAAGGUUUUCAAUCGGGUAUCCUGUUGGUAAACCCUAAAACUUGGAAUAUUAUUGACAAAAUAGAACUAGGCAAAAAUUCCCUAAUUAACGACUUGAGAACGAUGAUGAUUCAGCUAAACUCUAACACUAAGCGUAAAAGAGAGUACCUUUUGAUGGGUAAUUCCUAUGUGCGUGACGAAGAUAUUGGAGGGACGGGCUCCUUCUAUCUAUAUGAUAUUACUGAAGUUGUCCCAGAACCUGGCAAACCAGAUACCAAUUAUAAGUUUAAGGAAAUCUUCCAGGAAGAGAUAAGAGGCACUGUAACGACAGUCUGUGAAAUAAGCGGCAGGUUCAUGAUCAGUCAAAGCUCAAAAGCAAUGGUCAGGGAUAUACAGGAAGAUAAUUCGGUCGUUCCCGUAGCCUUCUUAGAUAUGCCUGUUUUCAUUACGGACGCCAAAAACUUUGGAAACUUGAUGAUUAUAGGAGAUGCAAUGCAGGGUCUCGCCUUCCUAGGUUUCGAUGCUGAGCCAUACAGAAUGAUCACCCUAGGUAAAAGUGUCUCAAAAUUCGAAACUGUAUCUUUAGAAUUUCUGGUCAGCAACGGUGAUGUGUACUUCCUCGUGAGUGAUAGGAACCAGAUAAUGCAUGUAUUGAAGUACGCUCCGGAUGAACCUAAUUCCUUAUCUGGCCAGAGGCUUGUACAUUGUACAAGUUUUAACCUUUACACCAUAAAUACCUGCAUGAGACUGCUGAAGAAAAACAAUGAAUUUGAAGAUAGACAAAGCAAUGGUAACCCUAGCGUUCCUACCUUUCAGUGUAUUGGUGCACAAGUGGAUGGCUCCAUUUUCAAAGUGGUUCCAAUAAGCGAAGCAUCUUAUAGAAGACUAUAUUUGGUACAACAACAAAUUAUUGAUAAAGAAAUUCAGCUAUGUGGCUUAAACCCUCGAAUGGAACGUUUAAACAAUGACUACUACCAUCUAGGUAACAUAUUAAGGCCUUUACUUGAUUUCGGUGUCUUGAAAAGAUUUCACACAUUAUCAAUUCCUAAAAGAAGAUUUAUGGCCAGCAAAGCUGGACACCAAGCUCAUUUUGAAGUUUGGCGUGAUUUGAUAGACAUAGAAUACUCAUUGAAGUCCUUGAACAAGAAUUAG